CAUGCGCAGCGGAGCAAUCGAGGUCGCGCGCUGGAGUCACGAGCAGAGACGCGGGGGCGCGCGCAGCAGCAGCGGCAGAGCAGCGCGAUCGUUCAGGAGGAUUAUCGGGAAUCAUGAGCGUGGGAAAACUGGUGGUGUGUGUGUUGGUGUUGGCCGUGUGUGAGGCGUAUGUGUUUCAGGCCGGUCGUUCGUCAGGAGAGAUGGACGACGCUCCAUCACAGAUCAGAGAUUUUUCGGGGUCCUGUAAGGGUCGUUGUUUCGAGCUGAUUGAGGCGGAGCCGCCCAACUGCAGGUGUGAUAAUCUGUGCAAGACGUACCUGAGCUGCUGCUCCGACUUCGAUGAGCAGUGCCUCAAAACUGCGGGAGGGUUCGAGUGUUCACGGGAGCGCUGCGGUGAGAUCAGGAACGAGGAUUACGCCUGUCACUGUUCAGACGACUGUCUGCAGAGAGGAGACUGCUGUACCAACUACAAAUCACUGUGCAAGGGCGAGAGCUCCUGGCUGGAGGGCGACUGUGAGGAGAUUCCGAGCCCAGAAUGCCCUGCAGGGUUUCUCCGUCCUCCUCUCAUCAUCCUGUCUCUGGAUGGUUUCCGCGCCUCUUACGUGAAGAAAGGGAAGAGCGUCUUACCCAACAUCCACAAACUAAGAUCGUGUGGAACCCACUCCCCUCAUAUGAGACCCAUGUACCCGUCCAAAACCUUCCCGAACCUCUACACGCUGGCCACGGGUUUGUAUCCCGAGUCUCACGGGAUUGUGUGUAACUCUAUGUACGAUCCCGUGUUCAAAGCUCAUUUCAGACUGAGAGGACGAGAGAAGCUCAAUCACCGCUGGUGGGGCGGGCAGCCCAUUUGGAUCACAGCAGAGAAACAGGGCGUGAAGGCUGGGACGUUCUUCUGGCCCUGGGUGAUUCCUCUGGAACGGAGGAUCCUCACUAUCCUGCAGUGGCUGCACCUGCCCGAUGACGAGAGGCCGUAUGUCUAUGCUGCCCACUCAGAACAGCCAGAUGCAUAUGGACACAUCCUGGGUCCGCUGAGCAACGAGCUGGAUAACACUUUGAGGAAGAUCGAUAACAUCAUUGGUCAGCUGAUGAACGGCCUGAAACAGAUGAACCUCCACCGCUGUGUGAACGUCAUCCUGGUGGGCGAUCACGGGAUGGAGGAGUCUCAUUGUGAACGAACUGAGUAUUUGGGCUCUUACGGACUGGAUGUUGAUGCAAUCACACUGAUCCCAGGAUCCUCCGGAAGAAUCGGCCCCAAAACCGCCAGCACACCAUAUGAUCCGAAGGAGAUCGUAGCUAAUUUAACAUGUAAGAUGCCCAAUCAGCACUUCAAGCCGUACCUGAAGCAGCACCUGCCCAAACGCCUGCAUUACGCCAACAACAGACGCAUCGAGGACGUGCACCUGCUCAUGGACAGGAAGUGGCACGUGGCCAUAGCUCCUGCUGCCUGCGGCUUCUUUGGAGAUCAUGGCUUUGACAACAAGAUCAACAGCAUGCAGACGAUCUUUCUGGGAUUUGGACCGAGCUUCAAUUUUAAGACACAAGUGCCUGUUUUUGAGAACAUUGAGCUGUAUAACGUCAUGUGUGAUCUGCUGGGUUUGACUCCGGCUCCUAAUAACGGGACUCACGGCAGUCUGAACAGCGUCUUAAGGAACCCCCCCUACACCCCCACACAGCCAGAGGAAGUGGCAUCACCCACGCCUUUAGCCUCGCCCUCUGAGGUGACCCAUGACCUGGGCUGUAACUGUGACGAUGAGAACAACAUUGAAGAAAGUUCCCAGAGGUUUCCUUCUGCUGCCGACGGACUGCUGAACAACGUCACACACCUGCCGUUCGGCCGUCCAGCCGUUCUCUUCCAGACGUCUUACGCACAGCUGUGUCACUCGGAUUACUGCAGCGGCUACAGUCACGUCCUCAACAUGCCGCUGUGGAGCGAGUUCACACUCACAGCACAGGUGGAGGUUCCAGCGGUGUCGUCCAGCGAGUGUGUGAGAGCAGACCCUCGUCUCGAUCUCACACACACGUGCAACUCUUACAGCCAGGAGCCCGACGUCACACACGCGUUCCUCUACCCGCCGGAUUUCUCUGUUGCGGCUGAAGCCAGAUAUGAAGCUUCACUCAUCACAAACACAGUUCCCAUGUAUCCCGCCUUCAAGAGGGUGUGGAGUUUCCUGCAGAGGGACGUCCUCAGGAGAUACAGUCUGAAGAAUAACGGCAUAAAUGUGAUCAUGGGACCCAUAUUUGACCACGACCAUGAUGGAGUGAGAGACACGGAGGAGAAGAUCAAAGAGCAUGCGCUGGGCUCCGUCUUCAUCCCCACUCAUUUCUACAGCAUCAUCAGCAGCUGUGAGAAUCUGAAUGAGACACUGGACGAGUGUGAUGGAGAUCUGAGAGUCACUUGCUUCAUCCUGCCUCACAGAGCGGACAACAGCGAGAGCUGCAACAGCUGGGAGGACGAGUCACGCUGGGUGGAGGAUCUUCUGAAGUUGCACACGGCACGUGUGAGAGACGUGGAGCUGCUCACUGGUCUGGACUUCUACCGCUCCACCGUGCUGCCGUACACACGUGUGCUGACGCUCAAAACACACAUGCGGACCUUUGAGGAUGACGUGUAACGUGACGCACCCGACGCUUUCACUGUAUAGUUUUAUACACUGUGUCAUAUUUAUUAUUCACCUUCAAGCUAAUAAUGAUGAAACCGUCUCACGGCUCACAACACACAACCGCAGCCCCACUUCAGCUUAAAGCUCCUCACGUCUAGAACGUUUUGUUCACGCCGUGACGCAAUUACCACAAUUAUGAGAUUCCUGCUGAGAAACGCGCUCACGUAAACUGGGCAUUUUCAGGAAUUUCACACUUGUACUGUGCAACGUCAUGAAAAAACACCGAAAAUUGCAAUGGCUUUAGCAGUAAAAUGUAGUUAUUUUGUAAUAUUUCUGUGAUUCAUAUAACUGCCUAUUGUUAAUGUUAAAGGAAACAGGAUGGUUUAAUAUCACUGUUGUGCAGAGAAAAAUAGACAAUACGUUUAGUAAUAAUACACUUGUGUAAUGACGCGGUAACACUUUAUGAUAAGGUCAAAAUUAGUUAACAAACUGAAAAAAAAAUGCUUCUAAAGCAUUUGUUCAAGAUUCUAAAGAUUUCUAAAAGAUUUCUAUUGAUUUUGUUCCUCAGUAUUUUUGUCUGGUUUUCCAGUGCAAAUAUCUUAACAUUUAGAAAAUAAGCAAAAUAACAUGAGAUAUUAGGUCUUAAACUUAGAUUCACCUCUCGAAAAUCAACUGGAAAUGUGUGUAUUUUUAAGUUCACACUCCUAAUUUUGAUAAAUUUGUCAGAAAGCAGGACUUUUGCUUCUCCAGUAAAUGCAUCUUGAUUUAAGAUGUUUAUAAUAUUUGAACUAGACAAAUAUACUAAAGAACAACAUCUUUAUUCCAGUGCAGUUUUCAAAAUUUACGAAUACGUUAUUAAAAUAAUAUUAUUCAUAAUAUUAUUAUGAAUGGUUGAUUUUUUUUUUUUUUUUUUUUUUUUUU